AUGAAUAUGAACAUCUUCCGCAUCCUGGGCGAUGUAUCGCACACAGCCUCGAAAUGCAUCCUCAUAUGGGCAAUCCAUUCAAACAAGAGCUCCGAAGGUGUCUCCUUGCUGACCCAGAUCCUCUACAUCGUCGUCUUCGUCACCCGCUAUCUUGAUCUCUUUUGGGUGCCUCCUACAGCGUCAUGGUGGAAUUUCAUCCUCAAGAACUUCUAUAUCUGGUCAUCAAUAUAUAUCAUCAUCCUGAUGACCAGGGUCUUUGCACGAACGCGUGAGCGAGAAAAGGCCUGGAAAUGGGGUGCCUACGCCACGGCUGCUUCGAUGCUGGCUGCGCCCCUGGUGUGCCUCACCUUCAAUGGCCCAAGACGGACCACACUCACUGAAGUGCUAUGGACAUUCUCUAUCAUCCUCGAAUCUGUCUGCGUCCUCCCACAACUGAUGCUUCUCCGCCAGACGACUGUCCCGACCGUUAUUGAUUCUUUCUACCUCGUGACCCUUGGCUCCUACCGAGCAUUCUACAUCCUGAACUGGAUUUAUCGAGCCUUCACUUCAAGGAAACCAGAUGCCAUCUCGGUCAUAUUCGGUAUCGUGCAAACUGCAUUCUACAUCGACUUCGCCUGGGUAUAUUGGACGAGACAACGGGUCAAGCUCAGAGGAGGUGGAGUAGUGGAUGCGGACGAUAUGCGGAAAGGUUGGCUAGUCAACAGGGUCAUGAACCCGAAUGGACAAGUGCCUGAGGAGGACCCGGAGGCUGGAGACGUUGAGCCCGGUGCUGGUGAACGGCUGCCACAGCCAAAAGUCACUCGCUGGGGCGCACGAGGCAUCUCGAUAUCGGCGGACGACACGUUACAAGAUCACGACAAAGGAAAGAAAGUUGCAAAGGGCGCAGUACCCGAAGAAGAUCCCAUGCUGGCGGAUGACGCUUUUGCUGACGAGGAAGACGACGUUCCGGAAUUAGACGGUCCCGGGUCGAGAGUGUUGAACAGCGAUGGCGAAUGGCGUGGUUGA